CCGUUUGUGAGAGUGUUUCGGCGAAAGGUGUGGGGGUUUGUUGAAGGUGGUGUAGAGGCCCAGUCGAGUGAAACGGAAUCAGUACGAUUCCACCAGAUCCAACACAACAUUCAACUCCACUCGAUUAUCGGGGUGUACGAUAAAUUUAAUUGCGAGACAUCACAAUGCCAUCACCAGUGUGGCACAUCGUUAUCCUGAUGCUGGUGAAGACAGCCUGGGGGCAAUUCCAAUGCCCUGAACCCAAAGGCUUCUUCGGGGAUCCGGAGCAGUGCGAUCUGUACUACAUCUGCACCAAUAGCAAACCUGAAGAAAAACUCUGCAAGGAUGGACUUGUCUUCAGGGAUGAUAAUCCUAAAAAGGAACUCUGCGAUAUUCCUGCUAAUGUACCUUGUGGAGAUCGCACAUUACUGCGUGAGUUAUUAUUUUAUUUAUUAUUAUUAUUCUCCAUCGGAAAAUAUUUAUUUUCAUAUUGGGGAAGUUGUGUAACCCUGGAAUGA